AUGGACCCCAACACUAACAAUCCUCUUCAACUGGGUUCAGCGGAAUAUCCCCAACUUCAGGGCCCUGGUGGCUCUCCAGAUCUGAACGCACCCCACCCCCCGCUGUCCCCCUUGAAUGAAAGCUUCAUCGACAACGCUGGACCACGCGAUGAUGGGCAAGGCGAAGAUGAACGCCUUCCAGGUCCGCCUGAUGCAUCAUCCGCACCAUCUCCCACGGAAUUCGACCCAGACGAGCCACUCGAAACCCUCUCUGUCUUCACUCUGAUCAUGCACCCGGACACCUUUGACAUUCUCAACCACGACCAUGUUCCCCAAGAAAUAUGGCAAGAUGUCAUGAAGUUCGUCACCCAGCUCUACGCGAGAGACGCGCACCUCUUACCUCCGCGCCGCAGAAUCAGAAUUCCGGACUUCAGUGACCUCACCCAAAUCGGACACGUCUUGCAGACUCUGGAGCCUGAUGAUCGAACGGCCCUCCAACAUUUCUUCUCCGACAUCCAGAGUACAAUCAGAGCACGAGCGCUUGUCAUCUCUGAUCCUCAUGAUUUGGCCAACACGGACUUGCGUCCUGAUUUUGCUGAGACCGAGCGGAUGAGAUUGGCCCUCUCGCGGAUCCGUCCUGAGCAUUUACAAGACUACACUAACUUUCUCGACAACUUGAUGCAGGAGUAUGCUGAGCUGAAUUCUCACCAGGUCGAAUCCUUGCCCGGCAGAUUAAUGCUCGACCACUUCUUGGAUGUGCACAGCGUGAUCAGUACGUCCUUCACGGCCCCCAACAUCACCGAUCACAACAACAUCCCAGAAUGCACGAUCUGUUUGGAGGGCUAUAGCCCAGAUCACUUGAUCACCCGUCUCCCAUGCCAUCGUGAUCACUACUUCCACCUCUCUUGUCUUGAAUCUUGGUUGCCAGACAAUUUCAAUUGUCCCCUGUGUAGAACCCCGAUCACCAUCCACAUAAGGUUCUACUACCACGCCCCACUUCCUGCACCCCUCCCAGUGGCCGGCCAAGAUGAUAGUGAUGCCGACUAG